AGACAUAUUAAAACUAUAUGUUUAUGGUAGAUCAUUUUAAAAGAGUAAACUGUAAGCAAAUGUUUCAUUGAUUAGUGAUUACUGACUGUAGUGAAAAAUAUGCUGGACGUUUCACUUGAGUAGUAUUACUCAACUGGCAGACAGGAAAUUGAUAAUGAUCCUGCAUUGAUAAAAUGCUCUGUUGAGUCUAAAGUGAUAAAACAAUAUGGGCGUUAACGUUAAGUGAGUGUUAUAAACAUUUUAUACAAUGUGUGUUAAAGAAGAUACACUUUUAAAGCAGUUCGGGAAAAUCCUCACCAAGUUGUUGGGUAAAUUUCUGGCCAGGGUGUUAUACAGGAUACUGAAAAUAACAUUAACAGAACUCCUCUGGUGUAUUCUAACUUUAUGUGCUAUUAUUUUUGUCUGGAACUGGAACAGAAGUGACAAUAAUGAGGAAAUAGAGGAGUACCACAUCCAUCCAAAUCCUAUAAUAUUAUGGUGGACGUCUGGAUUCCCGGGAACAUCGGAAACCCGAGUUUGCCCUCGUAAUAUAAAGUGUGACGUCAUAAGCAAUCGUAACAACAGCGAGCACCUUCGAGUCGAGGCCUUCUUGUUUUACGCCAGUAGUAUCAACUUUGAAAAUCUACCUCUACCUAGGAGACCGGGAAAAAUAAUAUGGGGAUUAUACCAUGAGGAGUCCCCAAGAAAUGUCGAAGAAUUAAUGCACUAUGAGGCUCUUAGUAUCUUCAAUUUCUCGUCAACUUUUAGUAGGUACAGUGACGUUCCUUAUCCGUUGCAAUAUUUGGAAUCAGUCGACGAUAUCACGUCCACAAAAUAUUUCGUGCCAACUGCAGAAAAGAAUAAACUUCUCAACGAAUUAUCUCCUAUAUUAUAUCUACAAACAGACUGUGAAACUACAACCGAAAGAGACUUUUACGCGAGGGAAUUGAUGCAGUACAUAAAUAUCGAUUCGUACGGCAGCUGUUUGCAGAAUAUAGAACUCCCGAGAGAAUUCGCUGUAGAUUAUCUCAAUAAACUCAACGACGACGCUUUCCUGAAGUUUGUGGGUAGAUACAAAUUUGUUCUGGCCAUAGAAAAUGGGGUUUGCGAGGAUUAUGUUACGGAGAAAUUCUGGCGGGCCAUUAAAGUCGGUAGUGUUCCGAUUUAUUUCGGAUCGCCGACCAUAAGGGACUGGUUACCCAACGAAAAGUCAGCCAUUUUGCUGGACGACUAUCCCACUCCGAAGGUGAUGGCGGAAUAUAUCGAGAAACUUAUGAACGAUGACUAUUUAUAUGAGACGCACCUAACUCAUAAGACUAGAAAUGUGAUAACUAAUACUAGACUUUUAAAGGAACUAGAAAUAAGACCGUACGAGAAUGAUCCUUUGCAGACGGCAGUUAAAUUUGAAUGCUACGUCUGUGAGGCUAUUUAUAAGAGAAGGCUCGGAGACAUUAAAGAGCAUGUUGUAAAUAAAAGCCAUUACAAUUGUCCUGAACCAAUAUCGGCUCUAUCGCUAAACGUGAACCCCGAAAAUGAUUGGGUUUUCUCAUAUAAGGUUGCCAAAGAAAAAGCUCAAGUUGUAUAUAAGAAAGUUAUGGGUUGA